AUGUUGUCGAGGUUACCUGAAGAGCUGCUCGAAAUGAUGAUUCAAGACCUUGCAUAUGCUCCUGUAUAUCCAUUCAACAGUCUGUCGAGUGUCCGUUGCAAGCGUGUAUCUUCGGAGCUCAUUACUCUUUCUGUGGUUAAUCGGCAGCUCCGACGCAUUAGUCUACCAUUCUUGUUUGCCUUUGUAACCUUAAAGCACCUUGGAGAUGUUGAGGGUUUCCUUCAAACUUGUCUUGUCAAUCCAACACUUGGGAGCACAAUCAGAGCAGUCAAGCUCCACGCGUACUUUCCGAACAAGGACGUGCACGAUGACUCAUGCAGGUUGUUACCUCAUCUUACUCGUCUAACGUGUGUAGACCUGCAAGGCUCCACUUCGAGCGUUCUACUACUCAGCGCUGUAAAUCAACACCCUUCGAUUUCGACAAUGAUAGUCGAUUCAUUGUACGGCCCACGUUUGCCGAAACCAUUCAGUCCCUUGGAUUUGUCGAAGGUAGUAGUCGAGCGCGAAUACUUCUCUCAACCUUACUUGGAGACAUCCUAUGCUCGAGGGUUAAAAGUGUAUCAACUUAUUGUUGGCCAACCGGAAUUACUAAAGGAAGAAUUUGGGAACUCGACAUUUCCUGGCCUUCAUGAAAUCAGCCUGGCUAUGAAUCGCCAUCCUAUCUUUCUGGAGUGGCUUCCCCGCCUCGCAUCUACCCACUCACACUUGAAAAAUGUCAUAUUCGUCGACAUGUCAAAUUUAAGAGUGCAAUUUACCUCUGACACCAUCCCUUUCAUCCUUCCUUUUAUUGAAAAGUCGUCCCAGCGAGGACUCGACACAACUUUCAAUAUCACGCGCCUUGUGAUUAGCCGUACUCAAUGCGGUUCUCUAUCCACUCCAGGGUGGCAUGUCACGGAACUCAUCAUGAAUGUCCAGUCCUCUCUACUUGUAAUUCUUCCAAUCGUUGCUUCUUGCUUUCCAUGUUUGCGCACAUUGGGUUUUUGGAUUUCUCAUAAGAGAAGAUACAAUGUCGAUGAACUCGUGGCUGUUCUCGUCUCCUUUAGGUCACUCCGAGUGUUGAAGCCGGCUCGCCUCUUCAAAAACUUGCGAUCCCCUGACGAAAAAACGCACCUGCCAUGGAAGCCGUUUCGCCACAUUCAUGAGAUCCAUCGGGUCCGGCGACUUGGUGCUCGAGCGGAAGUCAGAUUAUAUUGGUAUAUGUCUCUCAUUUUAAAGGGCCUGCCUUCUCUAGAAGCUGUCUAUGUUGAAGAAGAGGGUUAUGGCAAUGAGAAAUUUCGUUCUCAGGGUUGUUGGUCUCUCCAAGGAUGGCUCAGUGUCGGGGGUGCCACUGGAGAAGUCACUGGAUCACUUGAACUUAGGGGCACACCCAGGUGA